UGCACGGAUGGACGAGGACGAGGACGCGUACGCCGAGCUUAUCCCGCCGCCGUCCUCAUCGGCUCAUCCCAAAACAAGCUGCUACGCUACCCAGGUCACCCACAGCUACGUUCGCUGUCCGCACGCCCGGCGCGCGCGCAACGACGAUGCCCGGCUGCCCACCAGCUCCCCUCGCGCGUGACAAGCCGCCGGCGGCUUCCCCCUCUCCCCGUCACGGGACACGCCACAGCGCACGGCCUUUCGGCGAUCGAUCCGGGAGGCCGGCACGGCAGCCCGGCCGGCCGGUGGCGCACGCGCGUGUGCCUGCCAGCCCGAACCCACGCACGGGGCCCCGGCGCCCGGCGCCGCACGCACACGAAACCUUGCCGUGCGGGCUGGCUGCGCUCGCGGCCGCCUUUAAGUACCGGAGCUACCUCGCCUGCUGGGCUCAGACGAUCGAGCACUGCACACCUGCAGAAACACAAGAUCGAAGAGAGUUCUUUGGUGUUGCAGAUAGAGAUCGGGAGAUCAUCUGCUUGACCGAUCGUUUCAGGAUUUGGGAGAGCACCUCAGAUAGAGAGAUCGAGAGGCAAUGGCGCUCAUGUUGUGGGAGGCGUUGGGGAGGAGGAACGUGGCGGGGCCGCUGCUGCUGCUCAACCUCGUCCUGUACGUCUUCAUGAUGGGGUUCGCCAGUUGGGCGCUCAACAGCUUCGUCGACGGCCACCACAAGCAAUACUACUCACCAGACGUGUACAUGUGCAUGGGCACGCGUGCUGCAGGGCCGCGCGACGAGGCGGCGCUCCAGUUCAUCCAGUCCGCGCUGCUGGCGGCCGUCGUCGGCGCGGCGGCCAAGGCCGCGACGGCGUUCCACGCGCGCGCGUGGCGGCCGCAGGGCCUCGCGGCCGCCGCGGCGCUGGGCACCGUCGCGUGGGCGGCCACCGCGCUCGCCUUCGGCCUCGCGUGCAAGGAGAUGCGCGCCGCCGGCGCCGGCGGCGUGGCGCGCGGGUGGCGGAUGCGCGCGCUGGAGGGGAUCACCGCGGUGCUGGCGCUCACGCAGCUGCUGUACGUGGCGAUGCUGCACGCGGCCGUGGCCGGCGACCGCUGCGAGCCCGGGUGCCCCACCGAGGACGACCAGGAGCACCACAGGGGCGGCCCCACCUGCAGUGUCAUGUGAUCGCCCCAACUCCUCCUGCUACCUAUAUAGCACAUGCACAUUGCAUGCUUCGUGUUGUCUGAUGUGAUUUCCGUUCGUCUUGUGCCUGUGUGUCGUUUGGAAACUAAGCAAAUUAAGCUAGUUUCCAUUUUUGUGUUGUAUCAUGUGCUCGUUUCGUUUGUGUAUGUGCAUGCGCGUGUGUAUGUCGUUUGAGAAUGUGCAUGUGUAAGUGUGUUGUGGUGUUGUACUGUAUUGUGAUGUCCAUUUGCUGCCAUGUUCCCGCGGUGCAUGGCAGCACGUAUUGGUGUUGAUGUGAAAUAAUAUGGACAUAUUUAUAGUUUGGUCAUAGUUUCUUUUG